AGUGACUUAACCCUAAAAACUUUCCUCUUCAAUUUUCCUAAAUCUUCCCCAUUUUUCCCAAAUCACUCGCACCACUUUUCCUCCACUUCCCCCGAACCUACGGCUUAGAUGAGUAGAUGACCACCAAUUCACCAAACCAUUAACCCCUCCCUAGUUUAUAUUAAAUUGAAUCCCUGUUGCUCGUCUCUUCCAAAAUUAGUAUGUAUAUAUCAUAUGUAUAUAUUGUCUCCUGCAAACACAUUUACAUACAUAUAUAAUAAUAAAAUUAAUACAAAAAAAAAAGUAAAGAUAGAAAACGAUCGUUGGGUAGGUCCCCCCUUAAUUGCACCCUCAAGCCAAUCCUUGCGUUUCUCUCUCCUCUUAUCUUCAAUCGGUGAAGAACACCGAAAUUCAGUUUUUCUCUCAUGCGGUAAACGGCUGGCGGCGGUAUUACCGCCCGAAAAGACGUGAUAAAGUGUCUUCCCACUCCCUCCCACCUUAUUAACAAUGUUUUGAAAAGGACCGGAUGUCGAACCGGUUUCACGGUCCUGUCGAACACGACAAAAAAAUAAAAACCAGAGUCUUUUUUAAAAAUAGUUUUAGAUAGAUAUAUUUUUUCAUAGAUGUAUGAUUAAUACAAAUCGAGAUCUUGGUGUAGUGCUCAUCACCCCAUCUUUGUUUGAGCAUGUCAUCAGUUACAUUUUUUUUAGGUAAAUUUCGUUUGAAACUUCGUGUUGCGAUUUGAUAACGAAAGGCCUAACAUACGUUGUAAACGGUUCCGUGUUAGAAAACUCUCUCGAAGUAGAUAGGCUUAUUUCAAAUACUUGAUUGGGGAAAAACCCCUACUAAUUCAACCAAAGGCAUGACAAUUAAUAGGGAUAAACAUUGUCCCUCAUACUCGAACCUUAGGUUAUUGAUGGAGGCCCAAGUAUAGAAGCCCAAGCCCUUUUGUAUUUAGAAGGUCAAGAGUCAAGACAUUAAGAAAAAGAGACCUUCACUAAAAUGGACAUACCUUAUGCUACAAAGCUCCGAUUUUGACGUAUGACUAGUCGAAACGACCGUCGGGAAGAGGAGCAUCAAGCUGUAAACCGCCAAAGGUGAAGACAUAAAUUCAACAAAAUCAAAAGUACUAGAAAUAUAUCCAAAAUCCGAACAUGGCAAAAUGGAGAAAGAUAUGCCUGUAAUAUUAGAGAUAGGUGAAGAUAAAACAGAUGAAUUGUCAAACCUCAAACCAGAAGGUGAAGAUAGCCAAACCCAAGAUAAAAACAAGGCUGAAAAAAAAAAGAAAUUACGCCAAGCUAUUGUGAAAGGAGAUUGGCAAGAAGCAGAAUCCGUACUAAACGAAGAUAAGGAUUUACUUAACGAUGCAAUCGACAGUGAUGGUAACACGGUGCUUCAUUUUGCGGUUGGAGUAGGUGGUGAUGACUUCAUGGAAGACUUAAUUCCACAUAUAGAUGAAAAACAAGUCCUCAUAAAGAGAUCUUCAGAUGGAAGCACAGCACUUCACAUUGCUACACUUGUGGGGAACACAUAUGCAGCAAAGCUCUUGGUAGAAAAGAACAAACAACUGUUGGAAAUUAAUGACAAAAAAGGGAAAAAACCAUUGGAUAAAGCUUAUGAAAAUAUGCAUCUUCACACCAUUGGAUAUUUGUUUGAACGUCACAACUCUCUUUCCCUUGAUGUCAAAAUGGGGGUUGACAUCCUAGUUAAUGCGAUUUCUGCUAAACAAUAUAAUUUUGCAUUUAAAUUGAUCAAGCGAUAUCCUGAAUUUGCUUAUGAAAGUGAUCAUGUACUCAUGGCUUUAGCUAAAACCUUUCCCAGUGGGCUACGCAACUCGGAAAUGCUUAUAUACCCCAGUCUCCGUAAAAUCGGGAUCAAGAUGCGUGACCUACUCAUGUAUCUUAUCAUAUGUUUCCUUAUCUUUCCGAUCGCGGUAGUUAUGUUUCUAUUCGGGAACGCCAGAGAUCGGGAUUUGAUCCGAAGAGAUGUGACGCAUUUUAUAGUACCAGCCUUACUUCUAUGGCCUUUGAUUUUGAUAUGCCUCCUCCUAUUGAUAGUUUGUUUCCCAUUACUUUGCGUUUAUUCUAUGUUGUGGAAAUACGCGGCAAUACUAGUUCCACCCAUCAACCAUAUCAGGAUGAAAAGGAAUGAAUGGAAAGAAGCAACAAAGGUUUUAGAAUUGGUAUGUGAUGAAAUAGAUAAGUUAAGUGUCUCUGGUUCUCAUCAUCCCCAUUACAGCAAACCAAUUCUUGAAGCUGCGUCUCAAAAUGCUCAUAAAGUUGUUUAUGAAAUAUUGUCUAGAUCUCCGAAAGCAAUUAGCAGUAUAGAUAAAAGUGGGUAUGACAUUAUUCAACUAGCGGUAAUACACCGUUCAGAAAAUGUUUACAACCUUAUCUAUGAGAUUGGGGAGUAUAAGAAUCGUUAUAGAACAUUUGUAGAUUCUUCUAAGAACAAUAUAUUGCACUUGGUUGGACGUCUGGCACCUUUACAUGAGUUGAAUCGCAGAACAGGUGCAGCAUUGCAACUACAAAGAGAGCUCCAAUGGCGCGAGGAGGUAAAGAAACUUGUGUUUCCGACAUACCUUACACAAGAGAACAUUUUUAAGGAGACGCCAGACAUGGUAUUCACAAGGGAACACGAAAACUUGGUGAAGGAAGGAGAAAAGUGGAUGAAAACCACAGCAGAGUCCUGCAGUAUCACUGCAGCACUAAUUACCACAGUUGUAUUUGCAGCUGCAAUUACGGUACCAGGUGGAAGCGAUGAAAAAACUGGAGCCCCUUUAUUCAGUGGAAAUCCAGCCUUCACUGUCUUUGCAAUAUUUGAUGCUAUCUCACUAUUUGCAUCUAGUACAGCACUACUAUUAUUCUUAUCUAUCUUAACUGCACGUUUUGCGGAGAAUGAUUUUCUAGUUAGUUUGCCAAGACGAUUACUUAUGGGAAUUUUCUUCUUACUGCUCUCAACAACAGCAAUGAUGGUAGCCUUUAGCGCAACCUUGUUCCUUGUCUUUGUUGAUAAAAAGUCUUGGAUGCUUGCUCCAAUAUGUGGAUUAGCUCUCAUCCCCAUCGCAUUUUUUGCUAUUCCGCAGUUUCCCCUUAUAGUAGAUCUUAUUCGAUCGACACAUGUGCGCAUCUUUGGCAAACAAAGGAAAAGUGUUACCCGAAAAUUUAACCCGAAUGAUAUAAAGAUGUUAGUCGACUGGAACCGCUCAGAGGGUGUGCAAGGGGUGCCCCCGAGCCGGACCCGCUCUCGAGGGCCCACUACUUACAAAUGGUGGUGAUGCGGUGACAGCCCACUGUGGUAAACAAUGCCGGAGAAAUAGUAAUGUAAUGAUAUGAAAACUCUAAAUUUAAUUAUUAUUGUUUAAUGUAAAAUAAUUUGAGGCUCCAAAAUUAGUUAA